AAGCGGAGGGUGGAGGAUCACUUACCAAGUGGUUUAAAUACGGACUUUCCGACGACUGAACACGAUCGAGCCCAUGACCCUUUUCUUUCCAUAGGGGUUGAAUAGCCCAUUGAGGUUUCUGAAGCACACUAGGACUCAUGGCAUGGGAGGGACUGUGCCGAUCCAGGCAGGCGAUACGCUGGGCAUCAUGGCGAAAGAGUUGCAAAUUGAGGUGAAAGCAUAUCCCGUUGCCUUAAGUUGGAGGCUAUUUCGAGAUAAAGAGAACCCAGCACUGAGUUUCGGAGGGGCGGCUUAUUGUUUUGUUGAUGACAAAGGCCACCCGGUAUCGCGGCGGUCUAGGAUGGUUUGUGCAACCAUGGUGACGAGACCGAUCAUUCCUCCACGGGCUAGAACAGCAGCACGAAGGCUUGGUGCAAUAUGGCAAAGUUUCAUCCAAAAGAUGUCAGCCGAAGUCCGCCACUUGAGCUCACUAGCAAAAAUGAAGAGUCGUGAAAGAAGGCAACACGAAGCAUGGGGACUUGGCUUAAUUGGAUGCUUGCCAAGAAGAACAGCCGAUGAGAGAGAGUUGAGUUCCCGCCCGACUGAAAUGGAAUACAUACAGCACUUUGGAGUAGGCUCGGCCACGACUGCCGUACGUGAGAACUUGAGCCAGGGAGGUCACGCUCCUUACUGGACUCGGACUCUGGCUGGGGAAGAUGAAGAGCUGACAGUGCGGAUGAUGACGCUGGUAAGCCUAACGGCUACGGGCCCAAGGCGGGAAAACAUUGAAGUAGAAUAAUGUUUGACCACCCGGGAAGCAUUCUUCGGCACAAUGAUCCUCUUAGUGCAUGGAAUGGGACCGUCACGGGAGAGUGUCUUUGUUGAUGUUGUUCAUGUUGCACAAACAGCCAA